CUUCCGGAACCAGCCAGGGAGUGGCUGCUUACCCAACUGCUGCCAGACUUCCAUCACUCCAGUGGAACGAACGCAAGCUCCUGGCUGUUCCCACCACCUGCAAGGCACAGGCACACUUCUCCCCGGUUCCAGAAUUUACCAAGCCGCAGCAGAAUGUUUAAAAAAGUCACCCAAAAUGUGGCAAAGCAAAUGGAUCCAAGCGGAAACCUGGUUCCAGUUGAAAGCAUCGUCGACCAAGACCAUUUCAGAACCCUCUGUCUAGUUACAGGAAAAGGAAAAACCUCAUUCCACCAGUUUCUUCCCUACAAACGGACAGAAUAUAAACUCCAUGAUGUGCUGCUGCCUGGAAAAGACGAUGAAAGUGACGAGUCCAUCCCCUGCGGAGACCAGCAAGACUCGAAGCGCUUUGAAACUGCAGGAAGAGCCCAUGACCAAAUCGAUGGAUUCGUGAGCGUGGACACCAAACCCGUGCAGGUAGAACUAGGAGGGUCUGCCUCCUUCUCCAAAGAGUGGUCCAUCAAGAUGGAAAAAAAGGCAGUAGAUGUAAAGCAACUCGAGGCACUGAGUAGAAAAAGAAAACUCAACGUGGAUCACCCCUUCAUUCAGCAACUACGGAAGACGCAACAGAAUUUAUACGUGGUUCACGAAACGUUAGAAGCCUCAGAUGUUGUCAGCUAUGAAGAAUCCAAAGAGAAAACAGGGCAAUUCGCAGCCCAGCUUUAUGCCAAGAUUAUUGCAAAGGGUACCUGCAUGAGGAAACAAAGCAUAACCAUACCCAAGGGCUGCAUCCUAGCCUUCAAGGCGAUCCAGGUGAUCAUUAAAGAUGCGGCAUGGGAAAUUCAUUAUUUCCCAGAGAGUAAGACACCAACGUUCGCAUCUGAUGGUGUCAUAGGUAGACAACUUGACGUGCUGAAGAAAGAAGUAAAGAAGAACUGCGAAAUUCUCUCCCAGUUGCCUGUUAAUCUGAGGAGCACGUUUUUAGGAGCCAUCAAAGAUGCGUUGAGAGACACUGACUUCUUUGAGGAAUUGGCCCAGAAAAUGGAAGCGUUUUUUUAUGAACCUGAUAAUUGUGAGCUGACAACACAGAACCCAAAGCUAAAAGACGUGCUGAGCAUCUUACAGUCGUUUUCAGAAAACGAACGCCGUAACCUGGCAGGAGCAAUUUACUACACUCUUGAGGCUCUCAGUGAGCAAACAGAGAUACAACGGCUAUUCUUGCUAGAAUCCCUGGAAAUGGAGACUGUGCGACGUCAGCGUACCCUGGUUGAGCAAUUCUUCAGCUGUAUAGGAGGAGGCACGGAGGGCCGUUCUGGCGGGGAUGACGUCUUGCUCCCCUUCUCGGCAAACAAAGAAGAAGAAACAACCAACGCAGUGCUCGAGACGAAUGGAGUGAGGAUCCAGGAGGAUGGAUUUGCUCUUUGCAAUCAAAAAGGCUUCACGGCCCUCGAAGCCCUGUACCCGUGUCUGUAUCCACUAGAUCUCCUGAGUAACUCCCAGUAGGGUACACACAUCCUCAGUUAGGGCUGAUUUAAAGGGAGCGAUUUAACAAUGUAAUUGAAACGCUAUUACCUUAAGUCUCUUUUGAAAUUUUAUCCCUGUGUAGGCGAGGCACCCUUUUAAGUGUUCAGAGCUGCUCUUCCCACCCAUUUCUGAGCAGACUUAAACCAACAAAGCUGCUAACAGAAGCCUGAGGCUGAAUAUCAAGAUUAAUUUUUCCCCCAUAUGAAUGUAGAGUGCUAACUGAAUAACCCACCGCCCCAGAGAGUCCCAAUCCUGUCAGCCGUACUGCACGUGAUCACUUUUAAUGGAAGAAAUAAUAAUAAUAAUCAAAAAGGUACAGAGAUAUACCUGCAAUAAUUCACAAAUACUUGAAGGUGAAGGCCUCGGCGCAUUUCCAUCCCUGUGCGACCGCGGGGAGCCCGGGGACCUCAGGGCAUUUUGGUGACCCCACAACAACACCCCCCAAGUGGUAGUGAAGCAUUAAGGGCUGCAAGGAUGGUUAGAGAAAUGGAGUACGUCUCGAGUGAGGACAGGCUGAAAGAACCAGGCCUGUUUAGCCUGGGAAGGAGAAGGCUGAGGGGAGAGCUCGUUAAUGUGUUAAUGGUGUCGAGAGGAUGCAGCUGGUCUCUUGUCAGCAACAGGACGAGAGGCGAUGGGCACAAACUGAAGCACAGGAGGUUCUGGUGGAAUGGGUGUGGGCACUUCUUUACUGGGAGGUGACAGAGCAUCAAAAUGGGUUGUCCUGAGCAGUUUUGGAGUCUCCUUCUCCAGAGAUAUCCAAAAACCCACCCGGGCGCCAUCCUGGGCAUCUCUGUGUGACCCUGCUCGGCAUGGGCUUGGACUGCGUGGUCUCCUGGGGUCCCUUCCAACCUCAGGCACACUGUGAUUCUGUGAUUUUGUGCUUCUGUGAAAUGAUUAGCGCUUUAAGAUAAUGACACAAAUGUCCUGAGUGCUGCUUAAUAAAGAACGAGCCCUUAUGGAACUCUG